AUUCCUUUUAAUAAAUACGCUGGUUCGGAUUGGUCGGUUGGAUAUGUCGCAGGACGCAGCCCAAACGGUUGGCCAGGCAAUUGAAUGCAAGGCGGCCAUUGCUUGGGAGGCGAAAAAGCCUCUUGAAGUUCGGACUGUGACUGUGGCACCGCCUGGGCCUGGGGAAGUGCGCGUUAAGAUCGUCGCGACAGCGCUGUGCCACACGGACGCUUACACGUUAGGCGGAUUAGAUCCAGAGGGCCUCUUCCCAUGCAUCCUGGGGCACGAGGCGGCGGGCAUUGUGGAGAGCGUGGGAGAGGGCGUGACGUCUGUAAAUCCAGGCGACCACGUCAUACCCUGUUACCAAGCCUAUUGCGGCGAGUGCAAGUUCUGCAAGCACCCGGAGUCCAACCUAUGUGUCUCGGUGCGCGCUUUUACAGGCAAAGGCGUCAUGAAGUCGGACGGCAAGCCGCGCUUCUCCGUGGAUGGCAAGCCCAUCUUCCACUUCAUGGGCACCUCCACAUUCAGCGAGUACACGGUGGUUCACGAGCAGAGUGUGGCCAAGAUCGACCCCUCAGCGCCCCUGGACAAGGUCUGCCUGCUUGGCUGCGGAGUGUCGACCGGCUGGGGGGCGGUGGUUAACACGGCCAAGGUGAAGCCCGGCAGCAGUGUGGCGGUAUUCGGGCUGGGCGCAGUGGGCCUGGCGGUCAUUGAGGCGGCGAGGCGGGCGGGCGCAGCGAGGAUCAUCGGUGUGGAUAUCAACCCGUCCAAAUUCUCGGCGGCUCAGGAGUUCGGGGCUACCGAGUGUAUCAACCCCAAGAACCACGAUAAACCCAUUCAGCAGGUGAUUGUGGAGAUGACGGAGUGGGGCUGCGAUUACACCUUCGAGUGCAUUGGCAACGUGUCCGUGAUGCGCGCUGCACUGGAGUGCGCCCAUCGUGGCUGGGGCACGUCGGUGAUUAUCGGAGUUGCGGCUGCGGGCCAGGAGAUCAGCACACGCCCCUUCCAGUUGGUUACAGGCCGCCGCUGGAUGGGGACGGCGUUCGGGGGCUACAAGAGCCGGGUCCAGGUGCCCGACCUGGUCACUGAGUACAUGGAGGGCAAGACCCUGCUCGACAAAUACAUCACCCACAACCUCAAGUUUGACCAGAUUAAUGAGGCCUUUGAGCUGCUGCACGCAGGGGAGUGCCUGCGAUGCGUGCUUACGUUCUGAAGAUAUACACAUGGUUUCUGGAAACGAGCAUCUCAGAUGAUCAACAAUUGAGACAUUUGCAGUGACGGGGCCAGUUCUCAGCCGUACCAGUUGUUGAUUUUUGAUUGGGCAUUAGCGGUGGUUGGUUGGCGUCUGGCCAGGCGCAGGGAGAG